UUUCAUAAUAUCAUAUAAUAUUAUGAAAAUAUUGAUAAUAUGAUUUAAGCCCUCCAAUGUAUGACUAACUUUAAAUUUGAUUUUUGACGCCAGUUUCAUUACAAUUAACUACUGGUUUAAAAAUUAAUAAUUAUCUUAGUUAAAAACAAUACUGUUCUACUCGUUUUCUUUGUACUUAACUAAAAUUGUAUUAUUAUUCAAAUAUAAAUAUGUGAUUCCAAUAUAAUAUAGAAUAUUCGUUAAUAUGGAGGUUGAUGGUAAUGAUUCAUUUGAAGAGAAAUAUCUUUUAGUUGCUAAAGCUGACAAUGUCAAACACAUUUCUUCUUUGUUGAAGGCAGUUAAUUUUAAAGACGUUGGUGUGUGUUUUGCAACUGAACAUGGUUUAAAAAUUGUGGUAGAAGAUUCCAAAUGUGUACAAGCAAAUACUUUUAUAGGCAGUGAAAUAUUUCAAGAAUAUCAGCUUAAUGAUGAUACCGUUGCCUUUCGUGUUGAUCUCAAUACUCUGAUCGAAUGUCUCACAAUCUUUGAUGGGUGUUCAACUAAUCCUAGUUCCACAACUGCUUUAAAGUUGACAUACAAAGAAUAUGGUUCUCCAGUAAAAUUAUUGUUAGAAGAAGGUGGAAUCAUUACCGACUGCUCGUUGAGGACAAUGGAAGUGUUCGAUAUCUUAGACUUCAGUAUACCAGCAGAAUCGACUACGAGUAAAAUUAUAUUAAGGUCCUCAGAUUUUAAGGACAUUCUCAGUGAUAUAGAUAGUACAUCUGAUUACGUAGAAUUUACAUUUUCUGAAGAGCCACAGUUUUUUAAAAUCUUAACUUCUGGAAUUGCAGGAAAAUGUAGUGUUGAGAUACCAUCCAAAAGUGAAAUAAUGGAGCAGUUUGUUUGCAACACAUCAAUUACUGUCAAAUAUAAAUAUAAACAGAUUAAACCCUUUUUAAAAUGCAUGAACAUAUCUCAAAAAACAUUGAUACGGACUAAUGAGGAAGGACUUUUGUGCUGUCAAUUCAUGGUGCAAGUGGACAGCCAUACUUGUUAUUUAGAAUAUUUUUGCACACCGAUUGUUGAUGAAGACUGAUGCAUCAACUACAAACACAGGACAUAUUUUGUCGUUUCAUAUAUUGCCUCUAUUGAUUGUUAUUCAAUUUUAUCAUAUAAAAUACAAUAUUACAAUAUACAAUCUGAAAACUAAAAAAAAUUAAAGUUGGUAAUAUUUCUGUGAAAAGUGUACAUUUUUGUACAUAAAGUAUAUAACAUAAGAAAUAAAAAUAAAUACUUUAUAUUUUGUUCCAUGAAA